GUCAAAUUUAGCUAGUUCAUUCUUGUUGCAGGGGUUAUAAAAUACCAUUUUAUCGGUAUGGUUUGCUAUAGUUGUCUUUUUUUGGCCAAAGUUAAUUGAAGACGUAAGAUGUUAAAAUUAUUUAAUGUAAAAAGGAGAUGGUUGAAGUUUUAUAUGAAACUUAAAUUUUUUUAUAGAUGUCUAUGGCGCCUGGGAACUGACAUGGGGAAAUAUAUAUGUAUAUAGCGUGUGCACGAAAUACUAAUCAGUUUCCUGGAAAUACUAAUUUGUUACCACGAAGUAGGCAUCAAGUGACCUGUGUUACAGGAGAUGUGUAACUCAUAAGUGAUGGAGCUCAGUGUACGGUAGGUGUGUAAAUGUGUAUGUGUGCAUAUUUGCGGUGGCGAUGUGCGCUGUUAUAUUCGGGCCACGAAGAAGAGUGCAGAGAGAGAAGAAGAGUGCAGAGAGAGAGAAGAAGAGUGUUCGUGCGGUUGUAUGUUUUGGCAGUAGCCUAUGCACGACAGCGACCGGAGAGUAAGUUCAGCUGGCCACGGUACAUUUAACGUGAAAUCAGUGUGCAGUACACAUAUUAAAAACUCCACUGCUUUUAUUAUUAUAGAAGUCUCACCCCCUAUGACACGCAAGUACAGGGAGUACAAAAAUGACACCCCAAAGUGAUCAACCAUUUCGGCCAUGGAGGAAGCAUCUCCCCUGUGUUUCGGUCAGUUCUCAUUUGACAAUCUGGAAUCUGUCAAAGUCCUUGUUACAACUUUUCAAAAGGGAAAAGAGACUUCUAAAAAAAUUCUUCAUGUUUCAAGUAUCAAUAAUCUCAUUGAACAAAAUCUUGCCCAGCAAUCUGGCUGUUCUUUGGACAGGAUAUUAAAGUAUAACUCUGACUUCUUGGAGUACACUGAUGUUGACACCAAUGUGGAAAUGAAGGGACUUUGACAGAUUCCAUGUGUUCCUGUCAACUGGAGGGCCCCUAGUGGAAGCUUCUCUUGAGGAGAUGAAUCAAAACCAGCCUCAUACUAAUAGGGGAGAGGAGAGUCAGCCCUUACAGUCACUACUCAUGAAGAAAGCUCCACAGAUUCUUCAGGAGUACGAAACCACAGGCUUCCUGUCAAUGAAGUCAAGAAAGCUUCUUGUGAAGACGUGUAUUGGAGAUCUAGUUGAGAGGUGUGGUUUUUAUCCUCUUAAUGGAGACAAGCUGGCCUUAGCAAAGAGCAUCAUUGCCACCUUCCCAUCUCUGAGUGUCCAGGUGGCUGGACAAGGGGAGGGAUUUGAGCAUUUCUAUGAUCUAGCAUCUCACAGUGGGUUCCUAGAGAUUAAACUGCGCAACCUUUGACGUAAUCUGCAACGAGAUGAAAGGCGCUACCGGAAACGAAAAGUGACCAGCGACCAAGGGGAAACACACACAUUCAAUGCUACUGAGACUGAAAAUGACAACACCACAAAUGAGUGGGUCACUUUGAUCAAAAGUUGCAGGCCUCUUCCGAAAACCUUUCAGCAAUUAAAUCAGAAAUGGAGAAAACAUUCACCCAGCGCAGAGCCUGGAUUACGAGGGAGUCACCCACGCUCGCAGAAGUAUUGAGUGAAUAUCCACAGUUUCUGGACAUGCCAAGUCUGCUGGACUCAGAGUUUGGAAGGAUCACAGGUGAAAAGGUAGACCUAUUCCUUCGUAAAUGGGAGGCCAACAUCAUACCAAAACUCAAAGCCGUGGCUGCUAUGGAACCAAGACUGUGCACUCUUUUGAAAGGAAUUGAAGACAUGACCGAAGAUGAGGCUUGUUACACAAUGCUUGUGUUGUUAACACAUCUACUACCCCCUGUUGGUGUCAGUCGUUGUAGCGCCAAGACAACAAUAACGUACCUUCUGGAUUUUGUGCCGCCUGGAACAAGAAUAGCAUCGCUGUGCAGUGAUUCCUCUGCUUCAUCAACGAAUCAUCAGCCCCAGCUGAUCUGCAUCAGUGACCUCCGGUCAUUGAAGCAGUAUGUCAUUGUUGCUAAGAAUGACAAAGUCACCAUCCCUCUAGAUGAUGGUCUCAUGUGUGCUGUGGACAAGCUUUUCAAACUCUACUGGGGUCUGUAACUUGUCUUAUCCUCCACAACUCUGCCCUGUCUUUACAUUCUUUGAGUACAUCUAUGAUCUACCGUUCUCCACACAACUGAAAGCUUGCAAGUAAAAUGUACAGUUGUCCAAAAUGUGGAGGGACUGCUUUCAAAGAUGUAAAAAACGUCAUAUGGCACCUCCGUGAAAUACAUUGCCUAUCAGAUGGACAGAAUAUAAAAAUUAUAUGUGGUCAAGACAGUUGUCCAAGGACAUAUUAUAACUUAAAUUUGUUUUCUAAGCAUUUACAUAGAGCACAUUUUGAGAUGCGUACAAAAAAUAUCACUGUUGUCCAACCCUUGUACCCAAGCGAGGCAUCAAACAGUAUGGAACAGAUUCAUAACAUUCCUGAUAAUUUGGACACACCAAAGGCCAAUGUUGACAUGGUUGCAACUCCACAAUCUGAAAAUUGUGUUGACCUCAGUAAUUGUGCAGGGUCUUUUGUGGCCCAGAUGUAUUCAUCUUCAAAUAUGACUGUUUCUGAUGUUAUGAAAAGUGUGAACUGUGCAAAAGAGCUGAUUAAUAGAACUGUAGACAGUUUGCAGCAGUCCACUACUACCUUGUUGAAAGGUUUGCAGGUACCUAGUGACAGUGAUGCUACUAAAGCUUUGAUAAAAGAGUUUGAAGAUGCCAAGCACAUAUUCGAUGAUCUUGACACACAAUAUAAAAUGAACAAAUAUUUUAUGGAGAAGUUUUCACUUGUCAAACCAAAAGAAAUAUUUUUAGGUCACAGAUGUGAUACAGCAAGAAAAAACGGUCAGAUAAAACAAGUUUUAGUUGCGGACACAUGCCAGUACAUAUCAAUAACUGAAACCUUAAUGUUUUUAUUUGAACAUGAGGAAAUGCAGAACCUUUUCCUUUUGGAAAACAAGAGCACGGACAAUAAAUUGCGUGACUAUUGUGAUGGCUCACAUUUCUCUACACAUCCAUUGUUUCAAAAGUCCGCCAAUGCUUUGCAGAUGCAACUGUACUUUGAUGACCUGGAGACAACAAACCCCUUGGGGUCAAAAACAAAAAUACAUAAGUUAGGAGCUAUGUAUUUUACCAUAAGGAAUUUACAAAUCCGGCUGCAAUUCAACACUGGCCAAUAUUCAUCUGUGUCUUCUGUUCAACUCAAUUGACAGAGAGGUAUAUGGAUUUGACAAGAUUUUGCAGCCACUAGCGGAGGACCUAAAACUUCUUGAAGAUGUUGGUAUGACAUUAAAAUUAAAAAGUCAAAACCAUCAUCUGUAUGGUACAGUCUGCUUGUUAACAGCAGAUAACUUUGCACUGCAUACUAUUGGUGCUUAUCUGGAAAGUUUUUCUGCAAAUAAAUUUUGUCAGUUUUGCCUGAUUGACAAAGCAGAUGCACAGGUGAUAUAUGAUGAAGAUGAAGUGGAGCUGCGUACAAAACAAAAUUACCAGUACCAUGCUGAACUAAACGAGCCAAGCAAAACAGGGGUCAAACACAACUCUUGUUUGAAUAAGCUACAGUAUUUUCAUGUCACAGAAAACUCAGGUGUUGAUGUCAUGCAUGAUGUUCUUGAAGGUGUAGCUCCACUAGAGGUUAAACUAAUGCUGCAACUUUUCAUUUAUGUGGAAACGUUGAUUACAUUGGAAGAACUGAAUGACAGAAUUUCAGGUUUUCACUAUGGAAGUGGAAAUGUUAAAAACAAGCCAAGUGUCAUAUUAAACUUGAAAGCUGGUGAGAAUCCUGUAAACAAACGGCUUCCCAAAUGUGGUGCCUUUUUUACUAUCCUUGCCUUUUUUACUUGGAGAUCUUGUAAACAGAAAGAGUCAACACUGGAAAUUACUGGUUUUAUUAAAUGAAAUCUGCAGCAUUAUUUUUGCACCAGUUGUUACCAAAGGGCUUGCUGCGUUUCUAAAACAAUUGAUAAUCGAGCAUCAUACUCUUUUCAAGCAGCUGUACGAGAGAAAUCUCACACCGAAACUUCAUUUCAUGAUACAUUAUCCACGGAUAAUGGUUCGUUUUGGACCUCUGUCUAAACUUUGGUGCAUGCGAUUUGAAGCAAAGGACAAUCCGUUCAAAAGACUUGCACAGGUUAUGUGUAACUUCAAAAAUGUUUCAAAGACAUUGGCUUCCAAACACCAGGUACAACAAAUGUAUCAUUAUAAGCAUAGCCUUCUCAUCUCCAAGAAAAUCAGUGUGAACAAUGCCUAUCUGGUUAGUGUGGGGUCACUGAAAAAACCAGAUGUCUUGUUGAGCCACUUGAGGUUAGCUCUAGAAACUGACAUUUCUUUAACCACUAUCAUCUAUCUGUCUCAGAUAGAUGGUCUACACAGCUGGUUCCAUACUGCCCUUGAGAACAGAUCACAGAAAGGAGCCUUUAUUUGGUGAAGUUGUUCAUAUUCUGGUGCCUAAUGACUCCAUUUUCAUGUUUGUUCGAAUACUAAAUGUACUGUACUUUGAUGAUCAUUUUUAUGCUUAUGCAGUACAAAAAACAAGCGAAUACGAGUUGAUCAUACUUGCAGAAGUUUCAGAUUUGCAUCCUUUAGAUGUUAUGAGGAGUUUUGGCACCAGAGAGUUGUAUGUGUCCCCAAAAUACAACAUCUUGUACCUUGGUUGAUGACUGUACUGGAUUGUAAAUACAUGUUGCCAUUUGAGUGCAAUUGGAAAAACUGAUUAUUAUUGGAAGGGACAGGAAUUAUUUUUCAUUAUUUCUUUUAUGAAAUUUAUUGACAUGUUUUUCAUAGAUGUUCACUGAAUGUUAGAAAACAUAUUUUAUUACACCGACAGUUAGGGAUUUUUAAAAAGGUUUGGUGUUAAUACCUUAGAAAAAUUGGUAUUUUGUUUGCUUGACUUUGUGAUAUGAAUUUAUUUUAAAACUUUUUAAAAUAUUUGAGCUGCCCCAGCCUUAUUGUUGUAACAUACUUAAUUGUAAUAAAGGUAUCUCUAAUA